AUGUCUGCUCCUCUCGGGCCCAGGGGCGGCCCUUUGCCUCCUGCACAGCCACAGGCUCUUCUGUCCGAGAUGCCGGACCUAAGCCACCUAACCGAUGAGGAAAGGCAAAUUAUACUGGCUGUCAUGGACAGGCAGAAGAAAGAAGAGGAAAAGGAACAGUCAGUGCUCAAGAAGUUACACCAGCAGUUUGAAAUGUACAAAGAUCAGGUGAAAAAAAUGGGUGAAGAGUCCCAACAGCAACAGGAGCAAAAGGGCGAUGCCCCAACCUGUGGGAUCUGCCACAAAACAAAAUUUGCAGAUGGCUGUGGCCAUAAUUGUUCAUAUUGCCAAACUAAAUUCUGUGCACGUUGUGGAGGACGAGUGUCUCUGCGCUCAAACAAGGUAAUGUGGGUAUGUAAUUUGUGCCGAAAACAACAAGAAAUCCUCACCAAAUCAGGAGCCUGGUUUUACAGCACUGGGCCAAAUUCAUCACAGAAUCCUGGUGUCGGGACUCAAGUUGCACUCCAAAACGAAGAAGCACCUCAGGAGAAAAAAGCUAAGCUACAAGAGCAAUCCCAAUACCAGGGACCCUCAGGGGAAUUAAUUACACCAGCCUCAGACAAGAACCGACCACAAGGAAUCGUAAGGCAAGACUCUGUUAAAAAUGGUUCAGGACUGAAACACCCAAUCGAUGUCUCAUCAGACAGAAAAAGAAGUCCAUCAAUAUCAAGAGACCAGAAUCAAAGGUACGACACAAGGGACGAUAUAGGAGAACAUUCACAGUAUGCUCCAUCAGACAGCGCAAUGCCAAGAUCGCCAUCAGAUUACGCGGACAGGCGAUCACAACGCGGGCCUCAGCUUUAUGAUGAUGUUGAACAUGAUGAUUAUCGGAGAAGCCGGCGGCGUUCUAAUGAAUAUUCUUUAGAUGAGGAGGAUGUUCAAGAUAGGGAUGAAUAUGAAAGGCAAAGGCGAGAGGAGGAAUACCAAGCAAGGUACAGAAGUGACCCUAAUUUGGCCAGAUAUCCAGUUAAACCACAGCCGUAUGAAGAGCAAAUGCGCAUUCAUGCUGAGGUGUCUAGAGCUCGACAUGAAAGGAGGCAUAGUGAUGUGUCUCUUGCUCAUACAGAGUUAGAGGAGUCACGGAUAUCCAUGUUAAGGAUGGAACGACCAUCAAGGCAAAGGUCUGCAUCAGAACGCAGAGCAGCCAUGGAGAGCCAACGCUCUUAUUCUAUAGAAAGAACUAGAGAUUUACAGGGGCCAAGUCCUAGUCGACAAAGGACCUCAAAUCAUAGCCCCCCAACACCUAGAAGGAGCCCUAUUCCAAAUGAUAGACCAGAUAUGAGGCGCACAGAUUCUUUACGUAAACAGCACCACUUGGACCCAAGUUCUGCAGUUAGGAAAACAAAAAGGGAAAAAAUGGAAACCAUGCUAAGAAACGAUUCACUUAGUUCAGACCAAUCUGAGUCUGUACGGCCGCCACCACCAAAGCCUCAUAAAACAAAAAAAGGAGGUAAAAUGCGGCAGGUUUCUUUAAGCAGUUCAGAAGAGGAAUUAGCAACUACGCCAGAAUACACGAGCUGCGAUGAUGUUGAGAUUGAAAGUGAAAGUGUUAGUGAAAAAGGGGACAGUCAAAGGGGAAAAAGAAAAACUAAUGAGCAGGCAGUUUUGUCGGAUUCUAACACCUUGUCUGAAAGACAAAAGAAAAUGGUGUGCUUUGGAGGCCACUCAUUGGAAGAGGAUUUGGAAUGGUCUGAGCCUCAAAUUAAAGACUCUGGGGUAGACACGUGUAGUAGCACUACCCUUAACGAGGAGCAUAGCCAUAGCGAGAAGCACCCUGUUACCUGGCAACCAUCCAAAGAUGGAGAGCGUUUAAUUGGCCGCAUUUUGCUAAAUAAGCGGCUGAAAGAUGGAAGUGUACCUCGUGACUCUGGAGCAAUGUUAGGAUUAAAGGUUGUAGGAGGAAAAAUGACUGAGUCAGGUCGACUAUGCGCUUUUAUUACCAAGGUGAAGAAAGGGAGUCUAGCUGACACAGUGGGUCACCUACGACCGGGUGAUGAAGUAUUAGAAUGGAAUGGCCAUGUUUUACAAGGUGCCACAUUUGAGGAAGUUUACAACAUCAUCCUUGAGUCAAAACCUGAGGCACAAGUAGAAUUAGUAGUCUCCAGACCCAUAGGAGAUAUACCCAGAAUCCCUGAUAGCACACAUGCACAACUGGAAUCCAGUUCUAGCUCCUUUGAAUCCCAGAAAAUGGAUCGCCCUUCUAUAUCUGUAACUUCGCCCAUGAGUCCGGGAAUGUUGCGAGAUGUUCCUCAGUUUCUAUCCGGACAACUUUCAAUAAAGCUGUGGUAUGACAAGGUUGAUUACCAAUUAAAUGUCACAAUAUUAGGAGCAAAAGAUCUACCGUCAAGAGAAGAUGGAAGACCGAGGAAUCCUUAUGUAAAAAUUUACUUUCUUCCAGAUCGUAGUGAUAAGAACAAACGAAGAACAAAGACCAUGAAGAAAACACUAGAGCCCAAAUGGAACCAAACAUUUGUUUAUUCUCCGGUUCAUCGGAGAGAAUUUAGAGAAAGAAUGCUGGAGAUUACACUCUGGGAUCAAGCACGGGUUCGAGAGGAAGAAAGUGAAUUUUUAGGAGAGAUUCUUAUUGAAUUAGAAACUGCACUAUUAGAUGAUCAACCACAUUGGUACAAGCUUCAGACGCAUGACGUCUCUUCAUUGCCACUACCGCACCCAUCUCCGUUUAUGCAAAGGAGGCAGUUACAUGGGGAGAGUCCAACAAGAAGGUUACAAAAUAAAGGCUCAUAUUCAUAUAAUUCAGGGUCCAAAAGAAUAAGUGACAGUGAAGUGUCCGAUUGUGAUGAUGGAGUCGGUGUUGCGUCAGAUUUCAGGCACAAUGGGCGUGAUAUUCAGAGCUCCACGUUAUCUGUUCCAGACCAAGUGAUGUCCUCCAACAACUGCUCCCGGACAGGAUCUCCCCACAUAGAUAGUAUAGGAAGAACAAGAUCCUGGUCUCCCAGUGUACCUCCUCCACAAAGUAGGGGUAUGGAACAGGUACCUAGAGGGACAAGAUCUGGCCCUGCACAUUACAAUACUAUGAGCAGAGUGGAAAGACGUCGGGUAUUAGAUAACCACUAUUCCCCAGACAGAGAAAGGAAUUGUGAAGCGGCAGAUAGACAGCCAUAUCAAAGAUCCAGGUCAACAGAACAACGGCCUGUGCUAGAGCGGACCAGCUCCCGCUCCAGAUCCACUGAGCGCCCUGACUCAAACCUCAUGAGGUCGAUGCCAUCAUUAAUGACGGGAAGAUCUGCCCCUCCUUCACCUGCCUUAUCGAGGGCACAUCCUCGAACUGGCUCUGUUCAAACAAGUCCCUCAGGCACUCCAUUAGCAGGGCGGAGAGGUCGGCAAUUACCGCAACUUCCACCGAAAGGGACUUUGGAAAGAAAAGUUACUUGGGAAGACCAGCAGAGAAAGUUGAAUGGUACAGUAACUGAUGACAAACAUUUGCCGAAAAUGCAACACCAUUCUGAGCCAGGUGCUAUGGAUGUAGAAGAAAGAACGUGUCAGAUAAGAAUGAAGACAAAUAAAUACAAGCAAGUUGGUGGAUCAGAUUCUAGGCUAGAAAAAGACUAUCAUUCAAAGUAUCGGCCAGGACGAGAUCCACAGAGGGGCUCAGACAAUGUUUCCAACAAGUCAUCAGACAGCGAUGUGAGUGAUGUGUCUGCAGUGUCAAGGACAAGCAGCGCAUCUCGCUUUAGCAGCACAAGUUACAUGUCUGUGCAGUCAGAAAGGCCGCGAGGGAACAUGAAAAUGAAAAGACAGAAGGAGAUAAGGGAGAUAGAGAAGAUGAGAGGUAAAAAUGAGGGAGGGGAGAACCACAAGGAUUUAGGUUUUCCAGAGGAAGAAGAAGAGGAGGAAAUAGUGAGGCAUGAUGGGAUUAGUAAGAAAUUGGCAAAUGAAGUGCAGCAAAUAGAGGAAAAUUGUACCAAGGAGGAAAACAAGGAAUCUGUAGAUGAAGAGAUUCUGCAGAAUGAGAAAGAUGAGGAAAGACAUGAAGAAAAGGAUGUACAGAAAGACAGUUUGCCGAGGAGAUCGUCAGAAAAUGACAUCAGUGUCUUUACCAACAAAAUGCAAAGCCGACAGAUGGGUGUCUCAGGAAAGAACAUGACAAAAAGUACCAGCAUCGGAGGAGAUAUGUACACGCUUGAGAAGAACGACGGAAGCCAAUCAGAUACAGCAGUGGGAACAGUUGGAGCCAGUGGCAAAAAACGACGUUCUAGCAUUGGCGCCAAAAUGGUUGCCAUUGUUGGCUUGUCACGAAAAAGCCGAAGUACCUCACAGCUCAGCCAAACAGAAGUAGGAGGAAAGAAACUAAAAAGCACCAUCCAGAGAAGUACGGAGACUGGACUGGCUGUAGAAAUGAGGAACUGGAUGACAAGGCAAGCAAGUCGAGAGUCUACGGAUGGAAGUAUGAACAGUUACAGCUCAGAGGGAAAUUUGAUUUUUCCUGGCGUGCGAUUGGGUUCAGACAGCCAAUUCAGUGACUUCCUGGAUGGCCUUGGUCCUGCCCAGUUAGUUGGUCGUCAGACUUUGGCAACACCUUCUAUGGGAGACAUUCAAGUUGGAAUGGUGGAUAAAAAAGGACAACUGGAGGUUGAAAUUAUAAGAGCUCGCGGUCUUGUUGUAAAACCGGGCUCAAAGACACUGCCAGCACCGUAUGUAAAGGUGUAUCUUCUAGAAAAUGGUGCCUGCAUAGCCAAAAAGAAAACAAAAGUAGCACGAAAAACGCUGGAACCUUUGUACCAGCAGCUGUUAGCUUUUGAAGAGUCACCACAAGGAAAGGUCCUGCAGAUAAUCGUUUGGGGAGAUUAUGGACGCAUGGAUCACAAAUCCUUCAUGGGUGUUGCUCAAAUACUUUUAGAUGAACUAGAGCUGUCCAACAUGGUGAUUGGAUGGUUUAAGCUUUUUCCCCCUUCCUCUCUAGUAGACCCUACAUUGGCUCCUCUGACAAGGAGAGCGUCCCAAUCAUCUCUUGAAAGUUCCACAGGACCUUCUUAUGCUCGUUCAUAGCAUUUGUGAAAAACUGUUGUCUCUGCAACCAGCGUUAAAAAAUACAAAAUCUCAUCAAAACAAAAUGACAGGUCGCAAACCCUGGUAAACACUGCAUGCUUAAUGUUGUGUCUUCUGAGCCUGUUUCUAGGGAUACCAAGCGAUCCUGCAUUCUCAGAGGAAGUUGCACACAUUGUGCACAGGGGAAGGCUCUCAGGGGAAGGAGUAGAGCUACCGGGUUGGAGACCAUUGAAGCUCAGUUUUAGUCCAAUCUGAAGCCAUGGAUUACUGACAGUAAAAAAACAAAAAAGAAAUAUUUUAAGCAACAUGGUCAUAGUCAAUGGCACAUCACGUUGCUCAUUUUUCUUUUUGUAUUCGCCCCCCAAAGUCUGGGUACGUCUUGGAUCAAGGUUUAGGUAAACCAGAAAAGGAAGGCGUGAGCGGAAGAGUAUAAGAUGGAUGGAGUACCGGAGCACAGUGUUAUUAUAAAGGACAGUUGCUACAAAAGAUUAUAAAGUCCAUUGCUCUGGAAAAUGUGUGUGGAACAUGCAUCUGAGAAGAACCCAAAUUUGAUAAUCUCUCCAGGGAAAUGUUUUUUUUUCUGUUGUUAUUCUGUACUGUAUGAAAAAAGAAAUCCAUUUUUGCAUGGACACAGAUCUAAGUGAACAGUAAAAAUAUUUUCUUUGGGCUGCAACUUGCAAAAAAAAAAAUGGAAAAAAAUGAAAAAACAAAAUAAUAAAAAUGGAAAAAAAAUCAGCCAUUUCCAACAA